GGAGCAAGAACGCGAAAGCUAUGAAGAUUCAAAGUUCAUGAGCUUGCGUUACAAUUGCGGCGGUUACAAGUGAAGUUGUGGGGUGACUCUAUAUGGAGUUGGGACCUUUGGGGUUGGGGAAAUUUGUCACUCUACUGUAACAGCUGCAAAUUGGUUGGGAACAACCAAGCUAGGUUGGCAAGGGUGGCCAACUUGGAUGGAUUGGUUGGGAAGGGACAAAUGUCAAAGUUGAGGUUCCUAUAGGGAGGGAAUCUUUGUGCUUAUGGGGUUUCCUUGGUUGGGGACUCUCUUGGGACCUUCCCUCUCAUCCCUCUCUUCCUAUCCCAACCUUUCUCUUGCUCCUUCUAAUUCCUUAUGCUCUUGAGUUGCUAUACUGACGCUAGCUUCAACUCAGUGAAAGCGGAUGGCACCAGCAUUGGGGGUUAUGUGUGCUUGCUGGGAGGUGGUGCUGUGAGCUGGCGCAGCAAGAAGCAAAAUGAGGUGGGAUUGUCCUCAUGUGAGACUGAGUACAUGGCCUUACACCAUGGGGCCAAGGAAGUGGUAUGGCUGAGGCGUUUGUUGGAGGAGUUGGGAGUUGGUCAGGAGGAGCCGACAGUUGUGUUCUGUGACAAUGAGUCUGCAGUGAAGCUGGCCAAGAAUGCUUGUCUGCAUGGGCUGACAAAACACAUAAGGCCUAAGUGGCAUUGGGUGAGGAGACUCCUUGAUAAGGAGGUGCGGCUGGAGAUAGUGAAAACCCAUCAGCAGGCAGCAGAUAUUUUCACUAAGCGUCUGGCGGAGGCGGAUCAUUGGAAAGGCAUGAAGCUUGCUGGAAUGAGUGUGCAUUGAGUAUGCAUGCUUGAGAUGUUGGUAUGGUGGUUGAUGGUUGGCAGCCAGAGGGGGAGAUUGUUGUGUGAUGUCAUCAUAUGCUAUCACAUUCUGUCUGCCUCCCAUCCCAUGUUUUCAACUUGCAUGUGUGGUUUGA